AUGUCCAGAAGAUUAGCUCGCUCCCCGAGCGUCAUUUGCUUGAGGAGUCUACCGUGGGCAGGUAGUGCGAUACCCGCUUCCAAUCGCUCGGAUCACUGUUACCACGAUCCAACUCCGAAGUCGCUAUCGUCAACACCCAUGACCUCGUCGCUCUCCAGUACCCGGCAGGAUUCUCCUUCCAGCUCUUCGCUGCACUCCGUACAACAAAAUAUCUCAGAAAGGAGUAUUGCACCAUGUCAGCCGUUAGCCGUGAUGUCGGCCAACCACGCAAGAUGCAAGGGGAAGCCUAAAGUUAAGGACAAAUGCAAAUGCAAGAGUACAAACGAUUCACUGUUACCUACAGAGAAAGCCGCACUUAUUGAUUCGGUUCAGCCGGGCUCAGAGCCUAUGGAAAAGCGGACGUCUUCCCAUACAUCUACAUCAAGCUCGAAAGCACAGCGCCCCAAAAAGCAAAUGAGUGUAAAACGCGUCUGCUCACCAUCUGCAGCUACAUUCGACACAAGCAGCCUCGAUAGCCAGAGUAGAGGCAUAAAAAGGAGGCCAAGGAACUCGUUGCCAACAGCAGAAUCCAUGUCGAUUCGCCCUCGUCCACGAGCAUCCUAUCUUCAACAAGCCAGCGAAACUCCGCAGCCGAUUGAAUCCGCUUCCUCGGGUGAAAGCAGAUCGGAAGGGGAGACCACAAACAGAAAGCUCGUAUUGCUCGACUUGAAUGGUACUCUACUAUACCGCACCGCAAAGAGUAAAGCAGGGAGCAUAAAACCUAUUCCACGACCCUUCUUGGACGCAUUCCUACGAUAUUGUCUCGGCGAGAACCAGGAGUGUUCUGCGUCCACGAGGCACGCAACAAGCAGCCCGAGCAGCACUGCUUCCCCAACAAUGCGCGAGAUCCUCGGCACGCACUUCUAUACCGCCAGCCCGGAAACAUUCCACUCUGAGAGCGGGCAAUCGCAAGUUCACCAACGUUCGCUCGGUGCCUGUGAGCUGAUCGUCUGGUCCAGCGCCCAGCCAGCGAAUGUAGACGCCAUGCUGCUCUCCAUCAUGAGUGAGACUCAGCGUGCACGCCUCCUACGCGUGUGGGCGCGCAACACGCUGGUCCCCACGCGUUUCUACGACAGCAGGGUGCAGACUACCAAAGACUUAGAGAUCGCUUGGCACGCGCUGAACCUUACCCAUGACGGUUGCGAUCAAGGAGAUCAGCGCAUUCGUGCAGAUGAUCGCGACAGACUCGACAACGAGUCACCAGAUGGUUACGACUCUGCCGAAAACGAGAUUCCUGGCGCUGCAGGCAAGGCAGCGCAACUUGCAGAGGCCCAGGGACCGUGGAACGCGAAGAAUACUGUGCUGUUGGACGAUACGCCCGACAAAGCUAGACUGCAGCCGUUCAACCACUUACUGCUUAGCGAAUUUGGAGAAGACGACGUUAAGACACUCAAAAAACUGAAAGCGAGCGCAUCCGUCACGCCUGCGCUUCAAUGGGCGCUCAAGCCGGUUGUCGCAGAGACAGCAGAUGCCGAGGCGCAGGAAGCCCUGUCGAUCAUCGAAGCGCACGACAGUCUCCUGCUGCAGAUGAUCGGCGUGCUGCAGCACGCGUGCGCGCAGGUGAACGUGGCCUACUGGAUCAAGCACGGAGGAUUGACCGGGUAUGGCGGUGAGGUGAACGAGCACGUCGUUGCGGGUGCGCGAGACGAAUUGCAUAAUGCCAAUGAGAACGAGGAGACGCGAAGAAAGCACUCAAGCCACGAUUCCAGCACCAAGGAAGAGGACGCAGCAGGAGCAUCACAAGGGAAGAAGAUGGAGAGAUACUGGAUUGAAGAGGGCCUCAAGGCUUUGCACAAUGCAGGGAUUGAGACAAGUCUGAAGCAGCAGAUGAUUGAAUUCUAG